AUGAAUAUAUAUAACAACAACGAGCAAGAAAUGAUGCCACGACGACAAAAGAAUUUCGGUACUCCUCGUAUUAUGACUUCCAUGAAGAAUAAUCAUUUCGACAGUCCUUUCAGAAGUCCCUAUGAUUCUGCAACAUUCCCACGUUACGCAACGAUGUCCAGCCCUCAUUCGUCUUUUCGUCAUAAAUCGCCUUAUCAACAUCGAAAGCGACCGUAUUGCCAUCCACCUGCACCGCUUUAUUCAGUAAACAGCCUUACCAGCACCCAACAUCCUCCGAAUUGGCAUAGUCCAUCGAGAACAUCCUUGCCAUGUAUCUAUAAAAAUCCACAGAAUAUGGUAGGUGCUUCACAUUUGAUACAAGGACAUGGUUCCUGUGCAAUUUCUUCCGGCAAUAGGCGCCACAACCAUAAGGAUUCAAGGACGGUAUGUCUUGCUGAACAAUUUGAUGUCAAUGACUAUGUGAUACCGGCUAUGACAUCUAAUCCUUGGUCGAAAUUAGAAGAAUUUUAUGCCAAUCGGCGAUUGGAUGAACAAUGA